UUGAAAAAUUUAUUACUGACAGAUUAUUUAAAAUAUGCCUUCUGCAAAAUCUACUGGUCAUGUGUUGAAACAGCUGCGGCAGUUUAUGUGCAAUAAACAGCAUGUAUCUGAAUGUCUACAUGCUUACAUCAUUCCAUCUGGUGAUGCUCACCAGAGUGAAUACAUAGCACCAUGCCAUAAGAGGAGAGAGUUUAUAUCUGGUUUCACUGGAUCUGCAGGUACUGCCAUUGUUACUCAAAACGAAGCUUUGUUGUGGACGGAUGGAAGAUACUUUCUGCAAGCCGAAAAAGAGUUAGAUCACAAUUGGACGUUAAUGAGAGAUGGUGUUGGAAAAACCUUGAAAAGGGAGGAAUGGUUAAGUCAAAAGCUUCCAGAAGGUGCUGUGGUUGGAGUUGAUCCAUACCUUUUGUCUCUGGAUGAUUGGAGACUAAUAUCUCAAGAACUAAAGAACUCUGGAAAAAGUUUAAUAAGAGUUGAUCAUAACCUUGUUGAUCUGGUGUGGAGUCAAAAUGGUCAACCAGAUGAACCCUGUUCUGAACUUAUUGCUCUUGGAGAAGAAUUCUCAGGUAAGCAGUGGCAGAAGAAAAUUCAUGAAAUUCAAGAGAAACUCAAGAGUAAAGAUGUGUAUGGUGUUGUGAUAUCAGCUCUUGAUGAAGUUGCAUGGCUGUUUAACCUACGUGGCUCAGAUAUCAGUUACAAUCCAGUUUUUAUGUCAUAUGCUAUUGUAACAUUGGACGGUGCUAGUUUGUUUAUUGACGAAGCUCGUCUGUCAUCACAAGUAAUCCAUCACUUGCAACUUAGUAACCAGACUGUCGAUCUUAAAGUUCUUCCAUACACUGUUUUGCAAGAAGAAGUUAGAGCGCUUGGAAAGCUGAGCAAGAAAAUCUGGAUCAGUUCAAAAUGCAGUUGCGCAUUAGCAAGUCUUAUACCUGAGAAGUACUUAGUCACUGAUAUAUCUCCUGUUUGCAUGGCAAAAGCUGUGAAGAAUGAAGUCGAAAUUAAUGGGAUGAAAAAUUCGCACGUAAGAGACGCAGCAGCUUUAUGUGAAUACUUAUGUUGGCUUGAAGAACAGGUGCAUUAUGGGAACAUAACUGAAGUGACAGCAGCAGAAAAACUUGAUAGUCUUAGAAGCGAGCAAGAGAAUUUUGUAAGUUUAAGCUUUGAAACAAUAUCAGCAUCUGGUCCGAAUGCUGCAGUUAUUCACUAUCGACCGGAAGCGCCAUCAGCAAGAACAGUGCAUAGUGACGACAUGUAUCUUUGUGAUUCUGGUGGUCAGUAUCUUGACGGUACAACAGAUAUUACAAGAACAGUUCAUUUUGGAACACCGACUGUGCACCAGAAAAAAUGCUUCACCAGAGUUUUAAAAGGACAUAUACAGUUGGCUACUAUGGUAUUCCCUAAGGGGACUAGAGGUCAUGUUUUGGACGUAUUCGCACGAAAAGCAUUGUGGGAUAGUGGUUUGGAUUAUCUGCAUGGGACUGGUCAUGGCGUCGGAGCUUUCUUGAAUGUACAUGAGGGACCGAUAGGCAUCAGUCCACGUGUAAGCAAUGACCAACCACUCGAAGCAGGAAUGUUUUUAAGCGACGAACCUGGUUAUUACGAGGAUGGAGCUUUUGGAAUCAGAAUAGAAAAUGUUGUUCUUGUUAAAGAUGUCACAUUGGAGCAUAAUUUUCAAAACAAAGGUUUUCUUGGAUUUGAAGUAGUUUCCUUGGUGCCGAUCCAACGAAAAUUGCUUAUUCCAGAAAUGUUGACCAUGCAAGAAAUAACAUGGUUGAACGACUACCAUUCUAUGAUUCUUGAGAAGGUUGGCAGCUACUUAAAACAGCAAGGCAAGCACAAAGUUCUCGAUUGGUUGAUCAGAGAAACUGAAUGUCUGGGCUGAUAGUUACACAUGCGCAUUUUUAGAACUACAUUAGAAUAAAUUUUAACAAUUUAUGUUUUUAUCCUUACAUAAAAAAGAAAAGAAUAGAUAUGUUAUUUUAAAUUUUUUUAGUUUUUGCGUCCCCGCCAUGUUCUUGCUUUUUUAGUUUUUUAGUAGUCGAUGUCGUUAUCAGUAUCUUCCUUCAUAACAAGUUUAUCGUACAAUACGAAAUUACCAGGCAGCACAAGUUAGAUUAAUUGCAGGAGGUUGAUGAAUAAGCUAACAAUGUUUAAAUGCUUUCGAAGAUUGGUUGAAAACAAAAUUAUAAGAAAAUCUUUUCAAAUCAAACCGACAUUUGGAUAGCUUUGAAGACGUGACUAAUAGACACAUGUUGCUGGCAAUAUAGUUCUUUUGUGCAGAUCUAUAAACCAAGGACAAACCUUUUACAAUUAUAAAAGUUCUAUAUAUAACUUCUUUAUCCCUAUGAACACAAAACAACAUUAGCAUAACAUCCAACGGAUAGUAGUGCUUUUAAACAGCAUAUGAUUACCAGCUGUUUACUCGUCACCCGUAGCUUUUAAAUGUCUUUCCAGUCUUUCACUACUAUUUCAGAACAUUGUCAUUCGGCUUGUCGUUUGAAAACAUUUCUCGUGCACGCCUCCACAAUGACUGGGUUGUGGAGUUCGUUUCGUAAUCACAAGGUCCGUGGUUAGGUCCGAAGCGUAGGCAUGUUUAGCAAGUGUCUUCAUCACAGUUACAUCAUGUCAAGUGAGGGAAAUUGGGUAGGCAAUGUCAGUGACCCAAUACAUUGUUUUUACCACUAAAGUGGCUAUUCAACCUCGUUCCCGGGGCAUUUUGCAUGGUCCACAAGACCCUAGGGACGAUGUUGGUGGAUAUCCUGUAUAAAUUUUUGGAACAAUAAUCAUAAUGCAAACUUUCCCUGAUCAUAUCUGUACACUGUUUCUUUGUUGCUACAGUCGACUCUCAAAAAGUCAAACUCCGCCCACCGACCAGCAAAAAAAGUUAGUUAAUAGUCGUUGCUUCAUUCAUACUAAAUAGGGAAAGGGUCUUAGACUUCAAGAGUUUUCUCGUUUUUUGAUAUAGGUGUGUUAUCGAACAACUUUUUUUUAAAUUAUUUUCACUCUACGUCGGAAAUUAAAAAAAUUCGAAUUAUCAAGAAUUUUUUAGCCUGACUGAGUCGUAAAGGGCGUCAAUUGCGAGAAAUCGAGUUUCCGAAACUCCACUGUAUGAUUAAAAAUGCACUACAUAGAGUUUAAUUCUUCCCAUUUAACUUUUGUAAGCCCUCCGAUAGGUCUCAUUUUAGAUCUCGACGUUAAUGAGAAGAGGCUAAGCAUGAUGUGAGAAGUUUAGUUAACGGUGAAAAGGGUAAGAAUUUCGGAAGGUUGGGUAACAAUGUUAGAAGACCGGGCGACGUUGAGUCGACAUUGGAAAGUCUGAGUGACAAUUUAAAAAGGCUGGGUGACCAUGUAAGAACACUGAGUGAUAAUGCAAUGUAUCUGGCACAAGAUAUGUGUUGCAUCAUCGAACAAAAUCUUUAGCGACGAACUAUCGCGGUUUUAGCUGUUAUUGAGAAAUUUAGUUAAUUUAGUCACGUUUUACUGACUAAUUUUUAAACCAAAAAUGACCACAAAAGUUGUCCAAUGUUUUUCUUUCAAUUAAAACUUCAACAAAAGAAAGAUAACAUCUACCUUAUUCCAAAAAAGUCAUAAAAGUCAAAAGUCAUAAAAUUAACGCGGUUUUUCAAAAUUCGCGUUAAUUUUAUGACUCGUUAAUUAAAAUAAUGUUAAUUUGGUGACUUUUUUAUCUCUUUAAUAAUAGCCGUAUUUUGUCUGUCUGUCCGCGAAAGCCGCUUCCUGUUACGGAAACACGAAAUGCGGUAUAUAAAGGACGGGCGACCCCGUGGAUUUUUCCACAGGUUAACGGCUAGUCUAUAUUAUAAUACCCGUAUACGUCCGUCCGUCCGUCUGUCACGCAAAAUGGUAGCUUAGCUGCGCAGGUAGCGAGACGCACUCAAUGCGGUAUAAAAAGGACGGGCGAACCCUCUGAUUUUUCCACGCGCUAACGACUAGUAACAUAAAAGCCUAAAAAACAUAAGAAUACAAUUUUUUUUAUAAAUUUUUAACUAUUUCAUCCUCCAUCGGACGAUAGCUCAACGAUGUUCUCUUUUUCAGCGAUUUUUUUAAAAGCUUUUGUAUCAUCUUCAUACUCUGAUCCAAGCGGAAAAUUAACUAAAAAAGCACUUUUUCUUCCGAAAUUUUUAAAUUUUUAACAUUGUCUUUCCAAACAACGAAAACUUUUAUUUCGAUUUCCAAACUGCCUUGUUAGAGGAGACCGCUUUAAUACCUUGGAUUCGACUGUUGCUGUAAUUUUUGCUUCGCAUAUUUCUCAGAUUCGCGUUAAUUAAAUGCAUUUUUCGAAACCAUUUCAUUGAACCGCGUUAAUUUCAUAACCGUCAAUUUAAUUCGUGUUAGUUUCUUGACUCGUUAAUUUCAUGGAAUAAGGUAAAUAAUAAACAAGACAUUUGAUUUUUUUUUUUUUUUUUUCUUCCAUUAAUAUUUCUCUGUUUCUGUUUUUUCUUUGGAUAUACUUUUCUUCUGUUACGCCCACUUGAAACGUUAUUCAGAUGGAAGAUGAGCGCAGAUACUGACAAGGCUUAUUUUCGUUAAUAACGGUUUAUAAGGCUCUCAUAAUCGUCAAAAAAUGGACAGCUUUAAAAAAGCGUUAAAAAUGGUGGUUGGUUAAAAAAUAAUCAGCGUCAAAACAUUUAGUUGCUUAAUUAAAUUGACCAAAAUUUUUGGUUGUCACUUACUAAAACUAGGUUACGUUUUUUGCCAUUCUCGACCACAGAGCUCUUUAAGAUAAACUCGAAUUCGAGGUUUUAAUCUCAAAGAGCUCUGGGGACGAGAAUAAUUUUUUGCCGACUUUUUUACACACACGGCACGGUCAUUUACGGCAGGAAAAAAAGUGUGCGCAUGCGCCAUUAUUUGUUAUCAAAUUUUCUGCCGCAAGCGAUUCAUAAUGGCCACCAUCGCACGUGCUUUAAAUUUCCCUUAAAAACAAAUGUUUUUCGAGCCUCUGCGGUAGAGAUCAUCUCUUAAAAAGAUUUUAUUUUAGUAGAGCAGGCCUUGGACUAUACAAAAACUCUGGAUUCCACUACCCGAUCACUUUCACUUUUGUUGGGAGGAGACAGAAAGAAUAGCAAUGUUUUGAUCAUAAAAUUUUAUAUGUUGUUGGAAAAUGAAGAAAUUAGCCUUCCAACGCAAAGUCAUGCUUUAAGACAUGUGUUUCCUGAAAGCUGAUAGCCUAUUUUAUCAAAUAAAACCAGUGGUUUGUGGCUGCCACUUUUUUUCUGAAAGAAAUUGGUCCUUGGAAAUGACCUUUCACAAGACUUCAUAAAUCGGGCACCAGUCCCAAAUUGUUCUAUGAUACAAAACAUGUUGGCACGAUUUCAUUGAAGUAAUUUUGACCCAACAAUUCACAAUUUCAAGCGUCAUUCAAACGUGAUUUGCAUGUGAAGAUUUGUUGACAGAAGCGGUUAAAAAAAAAAGAUGGAACAAUGAUGAAACAGAGGAGCUUGCGGAUUUGCUCGAUUACCACUUUUUGUUGGAUGCGUUUGAAAUAAGAAUAUAUUCGUUAAAUACAGAUUAUGAAUUGAAAUAAAAAAUACUUGUAAUAGCCUAAUUUGUAAACUAUUUUUAUAUAAUUCAGAUUGACUUUCGUCGUGAAAAAUCUUACGAUUAAGGAAUGGUCUAGGCUUAAAUGUCUAAAAAUGUGUGUGCUUUCGUUUAACACAUAUAUAACUGUACAAUUUUUUUCAUUUGCAAUCAGUUGCUAGUCUAACAACAACAACAAUAAUGAUAAACAUUUAAAAUGUUUCUAGCCCAGAAAAUCACAAAAACCUAUUGUUAGUGGAUUAUUUCCAUUGGGGUCCACUGAGUCUGAGUGAAGCUAGCUUUCUCACAUUUACGUUUAGUUUUAGCAGGCUUCUAGAAAACUAAUCAAGACCAACCUUAGAGCUAGCUAAGGUUACAGAUCAGAUGAAUUAUUUUUUUUCCUUAUAAAUUUAAUUUUAGAAGUAUAAUAAUUUACAUUUCUAAUAGUUGUCAACCAUUUUUUUGUGAAAACGAAAGUGAAAUGUAUGGUGUAGAAAAGCUCAAAA